AUGGCAACUUCCCAACCCCCUCUCCGGUUUACCUCGCACAAGAAUUUCGUGUACCGCUUAGUCUUCGCUACCUUGACCGGUCGGACGGUUCAUAUUUCUCAAAUUCGUUCUUCGUCUACGAACCCCGGCCUUGCUCCACAUGAAAUCUCGUUUCUCCGCCUACUGGAAGCAGUCACCAAUGGGUCUCAGAUGGAAAUCUCCUACACCGGAACGGUCCUGGUUUACAAGCCAGGUCUGAUUACGGGAAGCUCCUCUGGUGCUGGGGCCAGCAGUGGUGGUGUCAUCAAGCAUGAACUUCCAGCAGGGUGUUCCCGCGGCGUCAGCUACUACCUUCUGCCUCUCUGCCUUCUUGCACCCUUUUCCAAGGCCCCGGUCAAGGUUCUCUUUACGGGACCCGGUGUCAUUACAUCCUCCACCCCGGCAGGUGACAUGUCCGUGGACAGCGUGCGGACCGCCAUUCUGCCCCUGUAUAACCAAUUUGGCAUUUGGAACAAUAUUGAGCUGCGAGUCCUCCGCAGAUCCAACCCCGGGCCCAGCGGCAAAGGUGGCGGAGGAGAAGUCCAACUGGUCUUCGGUCAUCAAGUCCGGCUGCCAAAAACCAUUCACCUGAUGAAUCCAGGUAGAAUCAAGAGAAUCCGCGGUGUGGCUUAUUCGGUCGGUGUUUCAGGCUCCAACAACGCACGAAUGAUUGAAACCGCACGUGGAAUCCUCAAUCCUUUAUCCCCCGACACCUACGUCUUCUCUGAUGUAUCGCCCGCUCCACUUGUACCAGCUCCCGAGAAGAUUAAGCCUUUGGGCAAGAAGAAAAUUGGACUGGGAUUUGGGCUGUCAUUAGUAGCUGAAUCCUCAACUGGAUGCUUAUUUUCCGCGGACGUCGCAUCUCCGCCAGAAGGCGGCCAAGCGCCCGAAGAUAUUGGAAAGCAAUGCGCAUAUCAGCUGUUGGAAGUCGUCUCGAAAGGCGGCUGCGUCACUCCAGCUGCGGCACCAAUCAUGCUUGGUCUAAUGACGAUGGGUACGGAAGAUGUCGGUCGACUCCAGGUCGGUCGCGAUGUCAUUGCCGACGAAAGUGUGAUUCAAUUAGCCCGGGAUUUGUCCAAAUUCGGUGCCCCCGGCUGGGGCCUUCGCGACGCUGCGGGGGAAAAUGAACAAGGCGACGUCAUAGUCAGCGUAGUCGGACGAGGCAUCGGCAAUGUUGGACGUAAAGUUGCCUGA